AUGUACGCUUCCGGAAACAGUAAUUUUUUUGCGGAAAUAAACAACUUCCAGCAAGAGCUGCGGUUUACUGCACCGGUGGAAAACGGCUCCUCGGUCGAGCAACAUGAUACGGCCAACGCAAACGUGUCCUCCGAGCUCCCAAACCAGCUAUCCUUCCGCUUUCCAUCAGCAUCACAGGAUGAACCGCUUGCGAAAAAAGCAACCCCAUCCGAGCUGCCGGAGGUUUAUUUCUGCCCAUCCGAGGCCACGAUGACCGGACCGUUGGUUGCGGAACCGGCCACCGCCGAGCUGUCCGGCAAGCUGCUCGAUGGCUCCGGUAAACCAUUGGAUGGCUCCGGAAAGCAGGCACCGGGUGGGAAGCAGCGCAAAGGAAACGUCCGCGAACCGUCAGUCCCACCGGAGGAGAUACUCGGUUCCGUGACCACGUUCUACCCGGCUGGCAAUCUCGAGUGUGGCCAAACGGUUCGGACGAGUGCGCGCGUAAAGCACAAGAUGCGCAUGGACUCGAUCCACAGCAGAACGCAGCGAUUGCAGGAGCGCAAGGAGCAAACCAAAGCGGUCGGGGCGUCGCUCGCAAAAACUCCCAACCAACCGAAGCAGAUGCGCGUGGAGUGGAGCAACCAUGACAAGAACCUCUUCUUCGAGGCGCUGUACGAGUACGGGAAGGACUUCGAGGCCAUCCUGAACUACCUGAACACGAAGAAGCGGCGAAAGGAUAACGGCGAGCAGCAGGUGUUUAAGGCGAAGGACGUGCGCAACCUGUACUACCAGUUCAACCAGAAGGUAGUGAAGUACGUACACUUUUCGGACGAGGUGAAGAAGGAAGCGCAAGAGCUGUACGCGCUGAUCAACUACGGUGAGAUGCGCCGCAAGCUGCCGUUUCAGAACAAGAAGUACUUCCACAAGCUGAAGGAUCUCGUCUACAAGGGUUUCACGGUCGUGCGCGAAAAGGGCAAAAACAUCCGCAUCAAGACGCCCUCGUGCCGGGCGCUGCGUAAGCUCAACCAGCUGGAGGAAUGGCAGGAAGAGAUCAAGCUCCCACCCCGGGUGGAUGUGUUCCUGCGGCCAUCGACGGUCGAGGCAUGGAGCCGUGUACAGUCACUCGCACAAAAUCCACGCGUGCGCGUGACCGUCACCAUCCAAAAGCGGCUCUCCGUGUUGCUGCAGCUGUUCCAGCAGAAAUGGCGCUCGCAGGAUAUACGCCUGCUGGACCGGUUGGAGCAGAUGAGACGGAUGUCGGCAAGCGUGUCGUCGAAGCUGACACGCCAGCGCAUUCAGCACGAGAUCGAGCUUUAUUCGCAGUUGGAAGACAGCUCGACAUCCUGCCUGUUGCGGUUCGCGCCCGCCCAGAACGUCAUCAUCCAUCGGCCGAUGAUCAGUUUGACUGAUUUCCAGAGCAACACGAGCAUUUGUCUGAACUCGUACGAGCAGCGGAUCGGUGUGAAGGUACCGGGGGAGGCACUGUGCGCGGCGGAAAAGCUGGCUGCGUGUAAGGAGCGAAUGACCGCGAGUGCUCGUAGACAGCGCACUGAUAGUGGGUCGGAAAAGGUCAGCUCGGAAUGCAAGAAAGCGAAGCUCGAGGAGAGUGCCAAGCAGGCGCAGGAAGAGAAACCGUUUGAGGUGCUGCACACCCGGAACGGUGCGUUUCAGGGGCUGUUUAAAUCGCCAAAUGCAUCCAACGAAUCGAUGGAGCUGAAGGAGAUGGAUUGCUUCGAGCCGGAUCUUGAGUACCGGAACCAUACGAAUGGUUCCGUUCCGCUGGAGAGCGACGCGCUCGAUGCGCUAACGACACGCCAGAGCGACAACUCCAGCGAUGGGUUCGUGCUCAUCGAUGGGGAGCUUUUUGCAGCUUCCAAGUACCAUCCGGAUACGGCGGAAAGCUCGGCGGGUGAGGAACCGGCGAAGGGUGCGGGCAACCCCGGGAUGACCCCUGUGGUUGCCAGCACCACCACCGGUACCGGUGCCACCAAUCCGGUCGAAACAAAACCGGUAAAGAAGAAAAAGUGCCAUCGGCGGAAGGCGGAUGGGAACAAAUCAUCCUCCACGCUGCCAUCGAUUAACCACUUCCGGCCGCUCAUCUCGGAUGAAGAGAUGCAGCGGAUUCGCGAGGGGUGGACAAUACCGAGCGUGGGCGAUCUCACCGUCGGGGAUCUGUACAUCAUGUUCGGUGCGGAGUUGAAGGUUGAGCUGGAGUACGAUUGGGUGCGUAGGGUACCGGUACCGACUCCGUCGAGCGCUCCGCAGGAUGCCAAAACGGCCACGAACGUCUCGCCGAAGGAUAACGAGCAUCCACCUGCCGGUGGGGUGUGUGAGAACGGGUCCGGUGCGAGCAACACAUCCGCAAAGCUCGAACCAGAGGUUAAACCGGAAGAGGAAGCCGUAGGUGGCGUGAAGGACGAACCGAAGGAGCCUCCGCGGACUGGAAACGAUAGUGUGAGCGGGCGUUUAAAGCAACUCCUGUUUUUGGUUAACCUCGGAAACAGGGACCCUAAAAAACGGAGCGCAUUCGGUGCCGCUGAUCGUAAACCAAAGCGGACGGAUAAUGAUGGCGGCUGUAUGUCUUCCCACGACGACUGUCUGCCGUUUAAACACCCGUUGUUGGCGGGACGCAACAAUCACCUCAUACCAGAACCUCACAUUAAUCCUCGCUACCGGCAAUCUCGUUGGUGGCGUACACGGGUAAAUCGACUACAAACGAUGCAAUCCAUGAUUCCCAACGUGCACCGGAUGCCUCCAACAGCGACGGUUACGUCCUCUACGGCUGCGAUAAACGCCGGUGCUUCCACCUCACUCGCAACAACGCACAAACCAAGCACGGUGGUGAGUGCGCCUGAAAAAGACACGGUGGUCAGUGUGCCUGAAAAAGACACCACCAUUGCCAGUGUCCAACCACCACCACAACCACAACAACCCGCACCAUUGGUUCUCGAUACAGUGGAGGCCACAAAGCCGGUACACUACGUGGAGGAGAACGCCAGCGAUGCGAGUGUCAGCAAACACCACACCAAUCCAACGUCUUCCAAUAUGCCAUCGCUGACGGUGGACGAACCUGCCGUUGACGUGCUGCCGAAUGAUUUGAGUUCCCUCAGCCUGUUCGAUCUGUCGCUGCCAUCAACCUCGAGCGCCAUGAUGGCGGACAUUUUCUCCGGCCCCAAUCUGGAAGAUGACUUCUUUCCGGACAUUCUUGAGCAACCGAUAAUGAAUCUGAACGACCUGUCGCUUUCGCAGCUGUUCAACAGCACAACAGGAGAACAGGAGCAACCGAACCUACCAGUACCCGAUCUGGAUGUGGACAUGUCGGUUAUGAACGAAAACUCCGUCGAUUAUAUCGCACGCUUCCAGGACAUUGCGGCGGAGUUUCGGGCUGAGCAGAAUCCCUAGAAUUGCUGUGGUGGGGCCACCAACACGCGGAC